AUGGAAGCCGCAAUUAAAAAACAACGGGCGACCGCGGGCUACAUUGAGCGCUUCUGGGACAACUUGAUCAAAGCCGGAAGGGACAAAAUGACUCGUGCGUACAUGACUGCUCGCCUUGAGCUCCUGGAGUCUUAUUGGGCAAAAUUCUUUGAUGCACAUGAUUCCCUGGUAAUAUGCGACAAAAUAGAUCAAACGGAUUAUAUGAAGGAGGACGUCUAUGGACUAAUUGAAGAGCACUAUCUUUCAACGAAGUCCCGCAUCAUAGCUCACCUUCAGACUACUAAGUCUAUGGAGACGACGUCGACAAAUGCGGAUGCCGGUUCCGUCCUUCGCCAGAUCCAGUUACCGAAAAUCAAUUUGCCUACGUUCGACGGAGACCCACUGGCCUGGGAGGGGUUUCGGGAUCUCUUCAAGUCUCUAGUGCAUGAAGUGGACGGCCUCGCACCAAUUCAGAAGUUGCAAUAUCUUAAGGCUAGUCUUGCCGGAGAGGCCGCCGCAGUAGUUUCAAGCAUUGAAAUGUCAGCUGAAGGCUAUGCCCUGGCGUGGGACGAACUGGUCUCGCGUUUUGAUAAUCGAAGAGUGCUCUUAACGACUCACAUGCGAGAACUCCUGCUUAGCGCGCCAAUUGUCAAACAGUCCUCCCAAGAGAUCAAUAGAUUGAUCAGUACGGCGAACCAGUCAUCACGCUCUUUCCGGGCCCUGGGAAGACCGGUGGAACAUUGGGAUGACUGGUUUGUUCACAUUAUAGUUGACAAAUUAGAUUCAUCAACGCGCCUCCUGUGGGAGUCGUCACAGGAGUCGAGUUCGAACUUUCCAUCCUUCACCGAGCUGAAAACCUUUCUCCUUACCCGAGCUCGCGCCCUGGAAGCGGCUCACCCGCGUUCAACAGCGAUAACAAGCGAAACAAAGGGAGGCAAACGCAACGGACGAAAAACCGAUGUAUCGUCACAUUCCUCCAGCACUAGAGAGGGAUCUCAGUGUCCACUCUGCAAGGCACGCCAUCCGCUCCGAUCGUGUGACAAGUUUAAAACCUUCUCCGUAGAACAACGUCGAGACCAAGCGAGAAGGAGUAAAGCCUGCUUUAACUGCCUAGGCCACAACCACGCAGCAGCGGCCUGUCCGUCUAUCAACCGAUGCCGGCACUGCCGGGAGAAGCAUCACUCACUCCUGCACAUCGGGGUAAUACAGUCAGCCGCUCCAACGAUACCUCAAGACUCAAAUGCGGCCAUCACCUCAUUAGAAAAGUCCGUACAUCAAGCUGAUGCAACGGCAGUAGCCGCCUUGGCAAGCACUACGAAUAACACGGUUCUUCUUGCGACCGCCAUGAUAAAACUGAUCUCGCAUUCGGGUCGUACGGUUAAGGUGCGAGCAUUGUUAGAUUCCGGGUCUGAAGCCUCGUUUGUAUCAGAACGCGUCGCCCAACAGCUCCAACUACGCCGCCGGAGAGUGAACGUGACGGUCUCCGGCCUGCAGGGGGUAACAACAGGGAGAGUGACUCAUGCAGUAUCUCUCAUGAUCGGAAGCGAACUGUCCUCGACCCUACGGAUCGCUAUACCUACUGCUUUAGUCAUGUCCAAACUUACUCCAUUUACUCCUGGCAAACAGGUUCACAAAGGGCACUGGCCUCACCUACGUGGCAUCCAGCUGGCAGACCCAAACUACGACAAACCAGCCUCGGUAGACGCGGUGCUCGGAGCCGACGUUUACGGAAUGCUAAUCGAGAGUGGAGUUAAACACGGACAACCCGGAGAGCCGUAUGCUCACUCUACCGUCUUUGGCUGGGUAUUGAUGAGCGCAAUUGGACAUACGAACUAUCCGCCCGGAAUUGACAUCGCAAGUCACCAUGUAACCAUUGAACAGGAUCUGCGACAACAACUACAGCGGUUUUGGGAGCUAGAAGAGGUGUCUGGGGAGUGCCCACUCACCCCGGACGAAGCUUAUUGUGAGAGGCUGUUCGCAACGACCCACACUCGUGACUCAGAUGGACGUUAUGUCGUUCGCCUACCCCGUAAGCAAGAGCCCUCGUUAGAGCUCGGAGAUUCAAGGUGCGGGGCACUGCGUUUACUCUUGGCAGCCGAGAGUCGACUACGGAGAAACCCUUCACUCUACCAGUCAUACGUCGAGUUCUUGAACGAUUAUUCUGAACUCGGUCACAUGGAACCGGUGCCAGAAGCAGAAAUUAAGGGCAACGGUUCAUACUACCUGCCACAUCAUGCAGUGGUUAAGACAGCUGAUCCAAGCGGAAAAAUCCGGGUAGUUUUUAACGCUUCCUUUCGAACGAGCACAGGAGCAUCUCUGAAUGAUCUCCUGCUGCCCGGCCCAAAACUUCAAGCAGAACUUUGGUUAAUACUAACUAGUGUGACGUGGUCUUUUUGA